AUGCUAUUAUCAGACUUGCCUCCAGAGAUCAUCUAUCUCGUCGCAACUCAUCUUCCGACAGCGAGCAGCUUGGCCUCUCUGGCGCGUACCUGCCGUCGCCUGCACCAGAUUAUUACCAGUGAAGACUGGAGGAUCUUCAGAACUUUCGUGGAUACUCGAUUUAACGGCAUACCUACACCAGGAUACUGGAAAGACGCUGCCCAAGCUCUGACUUCUCGUUCUCGAGCAUUGGAUAGACAUGCAGUUAUAGGCCGACUUAUGGUCCGCCCGGCCCGGCCAGUACCCAUUGGCGGAUCGAUCCAAGCUACACGGGGUGAUAACCCAACUCACGGCUAUCGGCCUGCCAUUGACUCUUAUGAAAUCUGGAAUGGCUCAAGCUGGCAUGAUCGACACGAGGUACUGGCAUGGGGGGCUGCGCAUGAACUGAUACUCCGGAUUCGCCAAACCGGAUCGAAACAGGCACACAAGACAUUCGUUUUCAACGACUUAGAACAUAUCAGCAGUCACGAUGAUAUUCGCGGUCUUCAUUUACUACGGCCUGAGCAUAAGGCCAAAAAGUUCGAUCAAGAACACUUGAUCAUCGGUCGAAUGCGUGGCGAGCUUGUUCAUCUUGGAAUCAACCCAGACACAGAGUCUUAUGAGUAUGCGCAAAAGUUCCAGACCUUUGGAAGGCCAAUUGAACGAACCGAUAUGAGCGGUGGCCCAGACCCAAUCCUUGCCGCCCAUCUGACAAAUGGAGCCAUAGCUUUUUAUAGCACAACAGCAGAUGAGACCGAGGUUGAAGCCUUUGCGGAGCUCCAGAUUGAUGCAGGAAGCUCAGCGCGGAAUAACAGCUCCAGGUUCAUUUCUCCAAAUCGGUUUGCAGUAGGAACAGGACGCUCUGAAGACGCCAUCGCCAUCUCUACAAUCUCACAAGAACGGAUAUCACUCGAUCGAAGUAUAAGCUCGGAUUUUCAGGUCCCACAUCCACUAAACGGACACAGCAAAAGAGCUGCCGUCACUGCGAUUGAGCCUCUCAACGGACAGACAACCACAGCCUCUGUGGGCAAUGUUUUUCUCGCAGCCUGGGGCGAUGGUGUGGUCAGACUCCAUGAUAUCCGCUCACACAAGCCAUACGAACAGCGGUACAUUGAUAUGGCCGACUUGAAUCCUGUAUACUGCAUCCACCCAUUCAGCCACGACCGAUUCGUCCUCGGCGCCGGCGGCGACGCUGUCGUUAAGAUAUUCGAUCUCCGAAUGCCAUCAACCUACGACUAUCUCAAUGCAAGGCCACAGCCGUUUGCACGAAGGGACGCCACAGGCAAUCCACAUUCAACCGUCUCAACCACCUACCCCAGCAAAGAGCUCUCAAUAUUUUUGUCGUUCAAGGAUGUGAGCUCGCGCAGCGUUAGAAACCGCUCUCGCUUUCAGCCCCGCUACCGUGGACCUAUCUACACCAUGUCCUCUCCCUCACUUCUCUCGCCAACGAUCUACACCGGCGUCGCCGGCGGCAUUGUCCGCCUUGAUUUUACCUCAACAGAUGACCUCACCGGUUCACAGAAGAGCUGGCACAGUGACCGCAUUGAUCUGGACUUGAUUCAAGACCCAACACAUCCUGAGAUACUAGAAUUAUCUGGCUACGAGCGACCCAGCGUCGGGGAUACGACGACCUGCUCCAAGUUGCGCAACCAGCAGCCCUGUGAGGCAAUUGAGAAGGAGAGUCUCGUCAAUGAAUGGGAGACGGGCUGGGAUAGGAGAUGGAGACCGCUUGAUGAGCCUGGGGCAUGGAGAAGGAGGGAUUAA